AUGCCGACGGGGUUUAGUGAAGGUGCCAAGCUUCCUGCGUCGAUAAUGUUGCGAUACCAACCUGGUGGCUUUUACGCCAUCGAUGCUGACAAGAAAUCUGAUGGGGAGCAAGAUAAUACAAACUAUGUGCUUACGUCUCUGGGUAAGAGCCUAGAAAAGUUUCUUACGGCCACACCGAAUGAGUACGCAAUGUACGAGCGUGUCAACAGUUGGAAGUUGACGAAGGAACAGCGCAAUCAGCCGGAAGCCUAUCACUAUGCAGAAACGAGCAAGCUUCUUAUGCGAUCCCAACUCGACUGUCAAGAUCCACGUUUACCGAAUCGGACCUUCGAUUUGAAGACGCGUGCUACGGUGUCAAUUCGUAAUGACCGAGCCAAUUAUCCGGAAGGGUCCGGCUAUCAAAUCCGGUUUGCAAUGGGUCAAUGGGAGUCCUUCGAACGUGAAUACUGGGAUAUGGUUCGCGCUGCCUUUCUCAAGUAUAAUUUCCAAGUGCGAAUUGGGCACAUGGAUGGUAUUUUUGUUGCCUAUCAUAACACGGCUGAGAUUUUCGGUUUUCAAUAUAUCAGUUUGGAGGAAAUGAACCUUCGUCUCUUUGGGAGUAACGAAAUGGGAGAUCAAGCCUACCACAUGUCAUUAGGCCUCUUGGAAAGGAUCCUUGAUGCGGCUACGGAUCAUCUGCCUGAGGAGACGCUGUCUAUCACCCUGGAGACACGCUCGGGGGCGAACUCCAUGAGCUUUAUCGUGGAGUCCACAGCUAGUGCCAAGAUUAUGCAAUUUGACGUGCAUGUGGAUCGGUAUUUGAACGGUGCCUUUGUUCGAGGGCCGGUUGACUUCACGGCAUGCCACAAAGACAGCAAUGAGGCUGCAUGGGAAGAUAUCAUGCAAGGUCGGUAUGCGCAGCAGCUUGGCGACGUUCGGUGGCACGUUGACUACUGUAUCACACCACGUCUAGACUUCUCGGAAGAGAAAGUGCGAGCCAAUCUACAAGAUAUCCGUGCACGUCAGCGGCUGAUGCGCACUAUGUGUAUACCGAACGUGGAUAUGCUCAAUGAGCGUGAGGCUCAUCGCAUCGACGUUUUAUCGAAGAAAAAAGGCGCCCUACAACGCUUCCUCCUGGAGCGCGAAAAUGGCAGUGCCAUUGGGAUGCCGUUGGCACCAGGACAACAGACUACGCGGCAACUGAUUCGGCGCAAAGGAUAUUUGGACCUUGAGAAAAACGGUUGCCAGGCUCCAGGCACAGCAAUCCGCUGGCUCCGAUUCCCAGAUGCGACUACCAAGCGGAUUCGCGAGUUGAGCCAGCAGGGCCAUGAGAGGGCACGCAAAGAAACGAACAAGCAGGCCAUCCCCACUGUAUACCAGCCACUAUAG